AUGCCCCCACCAGAUGUGGAAAAACCGCUGUACGUUCCUGAUUACAAUAGGAGUAAGACUAAGAUAGCCCAUAGUUACCUUGAACAAGAGACUACAGGGAGAAAUAAAAGUACAGAGCCAGAUGAGCAACCAACUGUGAAUUCUAAGGAAAGCAUGCAUCAGAAAUCCAGUGAAUUGGUUAAUGAAGCCACCUAUGAGGACACAGAACUGCCAGGGCAGAGAUCAAGGAAUUUUCCUUAUCCAGGUGAUGAGACAGCUGACUGCACUAUUGAAAAAUCCAACAUUAUGGAACAUAGAGAUCAUGAUUUGCAUUGUGAGUGUACGAUCCCUUGUCAAGUUACUUCAGACUUAGAUAAAGAGAAGACAAUAGCAUUUCUUCUAAAAGAAUUGGACAUUCUCAGAGCAAGCAAUAAAAAGCUUCAAGAAAAACUGACUAAAGAAGAUAAGGAACAUAGAAAACUAAAGCUUAGGCUGGAACUCCAGGAGAAAGCAACAGAAGCUCAUAUUGCUGAGAAGACAGCAGCUCUGGUUGAAGAAGUGUAUUUUGCACAGAGGGAACGUGAUGAAGCUAUUAUGUCUCGACUGCAGUUAGCCAAUGAGGAGAGAGAUGAAGCAAUUGCACGAGUGAAGCAUAUGGAAAUGUCUCUAAAAGUGCUAGAAAAUAUUAACCCUGAAGAAAAUGACAUGACAUUACAGGAAUUACUGAACAGAAUAAACAAUGCAGACACAGGGAUAGCUAUUCAGAAGAAUGGAGCUGUAAUUGUGGAUAGAAUCUACAAGACCAAGGAAUGUAAAAAGAGAAUAACAGCAGAAGAAAUGAAUGCAGUGAUAGAAGAACGGGAUGCUGCUUUGUCUCAGUGCAAACGGCUAGAGCAGGAGCUUCAUCAUCUGAAAGAGCAGAACCAGACUUCAGCAAACAACAUGAGACAUCUGACUGCUGAAAACAAUCAAGAACGUGCUCUGAAGGCAAAGUUGUUAGCUAUGCAAGAAGCCAGAGAAACUGCAAUUCAACAGUACAAAAGACUAGAGGAAGAAAUACAAACACUUCGUGUUUACUACAGCUUACAUAAAUCUUUAUCCCAAGAAGAAAGUCUGAAGGAUCAGUUUAACCAUACCCUUGGUACUUAUGAAGAAGCUUUAAAAAAUAGAGAAAACAUUGUUUCCAUCACUCAACAGCAGAAUGAGGAACUGGCUAUCCAACUGCAGCAAGCUCUGACAGAUCGAGCAAACAUGGAAUUAGAGCUUCAGCAUGCCAUGGAGGCCUCCCAAGCGGCCAAUGACAAAGUUCAGAAGCUGGAAAGGCUGGUGGACGUCCUGAGGAAGAAGGUUGGAACAGGGACCAUGAGGACAGUGAUCUGA